UUUAUAGUUGAAGUCUCUUCAGAUUUUGCUUCUAACACCAACCUUUUUUUUUUUUUUUUUUUUUUGAAACUUUUUUCUCACUUCAGUGAGCAUAGCAUUAGUGAGGCAGUGACCACCAAUAAGGCACCUCCUCUUCAUAAACUCAAUAACCCAAUAGAAUUACUAGCACCCAUUAACCGUCAGAUCACACCUAAGAAUUACAGGCGUCGUCUUCUCCGCCUAUGAUUAUAAUCUCUUUCAUUUUCAAUUUCAAUUUUUUGAAUUGAAUUGUAAAAACAAACACCCCCUUAAUUUAUUUUUAUGGAUGAACUUCAAAUCCAGGUUGCACAAGCUGUUAAUGUAUUGAACCACGAUUCUCAAUCUUGUAAUAGAGUUGCUGCUAAUCAAUGGCUGAUUCAAUUUCAACAAUCCGAUGCUGCUUGGGAGGUUGCCACUUCUCUUCUCACUUCUUCUUCUCACCUCCCGCCUUAUUUCUCCGAUUUCGAAGUCGAAUUCUUUGCUGCCCAGAUUCUUAAACGCAAGAUACACAACGAGGGUUACUACUUACAAUCGGGAGCAAAGGAUGCGUUGUUGAAUGCUCUUUUGGUGGCUGCUAGAAGAUUUAGUUCAGGACCUCCACAGCUUUUAACUCAGAUAUGUCUGGCACUCUCUGCACUUGUGCUCCAUGCAGCAGAGUAUAGGCAACCAAUUGAACAACUUUUCUACAAUCUUCAAAAUUUUCAAACACAGGAAAACGGCAACGUUGCUGUUUUGGAAAUGCUGACUGUUUUGCCGGAAGAAGUAGUUGAGGAUCAAAGUACUGAUAGUAGCAUAAAUUUUGCACAGAGGUCUCAGUAUACUAGAGAGCUUUUAUCACAUACUUCAAUGGUCCUUGAGUUCCUGAGGCAGCAAUCAGAGAUAAGGUUCGAAGAUACCAACCAGAUGCAUGAAAGGAAUAGGAAGAUAUUGCGGUGCUUACUCAGCUGGGUCCGAGUUGGAUGCUUCUCUGAAAUUCCUUGUGGCUCAUUGUCUUCUCAUCCUCUUCUGAAUUUCGUGUUCAAUUCUUUACAGGUUUCAUCUUCCUUUGAUCUGGCUGUUGAAGUUCUUGUUGAGCUUGUGAGUCGCCAUGAGGAUCUACCUCAGGUUUUAUUGUGUAGAGUUCAGUUUUUAAAGGAUGCUCUACUUCGUCCAGCACUAGGCAACGGAGAUGAAAAAAUUAUUAGUGGAAUUGCAUGCUUGAUGUCAGAAAUUGGUCAGGCUGCACCCUCUUUGAUCGUAGAUGCAAGCUCAGAGUCUCUGAUCUUAGCAGAUGCACUGUUAAGCUGUGUGGCUUUUCCUAGUGAAGAUUGGGACAUUGCAGAUUCAACAUUGCAGUUCUGGGGUAGCCUUGCCAGUUAUAUACUUGCUAUCAAUGCGGAUGAGAGAAAAAGAAGGGAACAUAUAGAGAAAAUGUUUUUCCCUGUGUUCUCAGCCUUACUUGAUGCACUGCUGCUGCGUAAUCAGAUUGAUGAAUCUGCUUAUGAUGGAGAUGGUGGAAGCAGUGAGUUGCCUGAUGGUCUUGCAAAUUUCAGAAUGAACUUGGCUGAACUUCUGAUGGAAAUUUGUCACUUUUUAGGACCUGCUACGUACAUACAAAAGGUUUUCCUCGGUGGUUGGAUGUCUGGAAACAUGCCCAUACCAUGGAGGGAGAUAGAAGCCAAAAUGUUUGCACUUAAUGCGGUUGCUGAAGUGGUCAUACAGGAGAGUGUAAAGUUCGAUUUCUCCGUUAUUAUGCACUUGGUGACAAUUCUAUCCAACGGGACAUCUAAUGAACCUAAAGGAUUCAUGUGUAUUGUGUACAGAUCACUUGCUGAUGUUAUUGGAUCCUAUUCAAAGUGGAUAUCCACUCUUCAAACAAAUGCUAGACCCCUGCUAUUGUUUCUUGCAGCUGGGAUUUCACAGCCUCUCUCUGCUAGUGCAUGUGCAUCUGCCUUGCGUAAAAUAUGUGAAGAUGCAUCUGCAAUAAUGUUUGAGCCUUCCAAUUUGGAGAUAUUAAUCUGGAUUGGAGAGGGUCUGGAAAAGCAGCAUUUACCACUAGAAGAUGAGGAAGAAGUUGUUGGUGCUAUUGCUCUUGUUGUUGGCUUUCUUCCUAGUAAUGAGCUGAAGAACAACGUGUUAACUAGAUUACUUUCUUCUUGCUAUGAUGUCAUUGGGAAACUUGUUAAUGAUGAGAAGCAUGGAUUGAGGCAGAACCCAGCUGCUUAUACACAAAUCUUGAAUUCUGCCUCCAGGGGAUUGCACAGGAUAGGAACACUGCUUAGUCAUCUGGCUGCACCACUUUCUGCUGGCUCUACUGCAGAUGAUCCACUUCUUGUAAUGUUAAGCAUAUUUUGGCCAAUGAUUGAGAAACUAUUUAAAUCAGAAUACAUGGAAAAUGGCAGCUUGUCAGCAGCUGCUUGCCGAGCACUUUCCCAAGCUAUUCAUUCAUCAGGCGAACAUUUCACAGCGCUGUUGCCCACAGUUUUAGACUGCUUAUCUACAAACUUCAUCUCUUUCCAGAAUCAUGAAUGUUAUAUCAGAACAGCUUCCAUCAUUGUUGAAGAAUUUGGUCAUAGGGAGGAAUAUGGAUCUCUAUUCAUCUGCACAUUUGAGAGAUUCACCAAUGCAGCAUCAGUCACUGCACUUAAUUCGUCUUACAUAUGUGAUCAGGAGCCCGAUCUGGUGGAGGCCUUUGUUAGUUUCACAUCUAGUUUUGUUCGUGUAUCUCCUAAGAAGGUAUUGGCAGCAUCUGGUUCCUUACUAGAAGCAUCCCUACAAAAAGCAGCAAUAUGUUGCACAGCCAUGCAUCGUGGUGCUGCUCUUGCUGCUAUGUCAUACAUGUCAUGCUUAUUGGAGGCUGCUUUGACCUCAUUGCUAGAAUCUAUGACAAAUAUGUCUGAAGAAGCUUUCAGUGGUGUGGCCAUUCAAGUUAUAUGCAAUAGUGGUGAAGGAAUUGUCUCAAAUGUGUUGUACGCUUUGCUUGGGACCUCUGCAAUGUCAAGGGUUCACAAAUCUGCAACAAUUUUACAACAAUUAGCUGCAGUUUGUUGUUUAAGCGAGAGAACAUCUUUGUCAUCAGUUCUUUGUUGGGAAACCCUGCAUGGAUGGCUUCAUUCAGCGGUACAUGGGAUGCCUGUUGAGUACUUGAAGCAAGGUGAAGCGGAUACUUUAGUCCCAAAUUGGCUGAAGGCCCUAGCAGCUGCAGCCUCUGAUUAUCUAGAAAGUAAAACAUGCAAUGGAAUAAAGACAGAUUAUGGGCAUGGCCAUAUGCAAGGUAAAGGUGGAAGGAUACUGAAACGUUUGGUACGUGAAUUUGCUGAUAGUCAUCGUAAUCUACCGAAUUUUACUUGAGAUGGCCGGUGAUGUUGCCAACUAAACUUGGGUCUGUGAAGCCUGGAUUAUUGCACCAAGACUGACCCUUCCUUAUAAUGGUGAUACUAGUGCUUCAGAAAGCUGUCGUAUCUUCAAUGCAAAAUGAAGCAGUGAUCCAUGCAUAUUUCUUCCUUCAAAAUUCCAAUCAUUGUACAGCAUUAUUUCCCCGAUUUUUGUAUUCUUGGGGGUUCAGCAGCCAAAUUUUGAUCCUACAUAAUUCAACAUCAAUUUCCCUCCGUUAACAUCGUGUAAUUUUGGGUCUUAGGUAAGAAUGCAUCCAUGAAACCACCCCGAGCCCCUAUCAUUGGAGCUUUGAGAGGUGAGUUGUGAGAUUGUAUAAACUAGUGGAAGUACUCAAGUACUGUCCACAAAUGAAGCACUUACCAAUGUAAUGAGGGCAUUUUUUUUGGAUGUUCUGAGAGCAUUCAAAUGGAGAAUUGUGAUAUAAACGGUAUGUUUAUUUAUUUUUAUUUUUAUUUUUAUUUUUUAAAAAAAAAAAAAAAUUUGGAGGGGCAAGGCCUCAAAUCUAUAGAAUAAAUCUAGAGUCAACAAUUCACCACAAUCCUAAACCCCACUCAUAUUCUACGUAUUUUAUUUUUAUUUUUAAGGAAAAAAAAAUAACUAUCCAUCAUUCUAUCCCAUUAACUUCCCAAUUUUUUUAAUUUUUUUUCAAGGGACUCCAUUAUUUUUUAUUUUUUCUUUAAAUAAGGAGACUCCAUUAUUUAAUACAAGUAAUUUGUACGUAGUUUUCCUUUCACGAAUUAUGUAUCCUUUGUAUUAGCACGGGUACACAAUGCGUUUUAAUAAAAAUAAUAAUCAAGUCCUUUAAAAAAAAAAAUCCUGGUAAAGCCACUCUUACUGUCUUAUCUUACAUGAUUCUACUAAGUUCCACAGGGUGAUAAAAGAUUUAAACACUCUAAUUGCUUGGCCAACACCUUUAGCAAGACGACGUUGAUAGAGCAGUGCUAAAUUC